AGCAGUUUGAUUUGUUUUUUUACUGGUGCACGUCGGUCAGUUCGAGAACAGUGAGCGCUCUUGGAAACCAUAAAGCGUUACAGCAUGCAGAGUCUGUCAGUGCAGGCUCUGGCCCUACGGCAGCUGGGCAGACUGAACUCCUUGCAGCUACUCACGCCAUGCCACGGCUCCAGCCUUAGCAUGUGGUGCCCACAGACAUUACAUGCUCGUCAGCUGUGGGGUUCGGCCACACCCCAGACACACCGGAUAGCCAUGUGGCCAAAAUCGUGGGAAGCUCGGCAGAACUUUCCACUCCACCAGACUCGACUAAAGAGCACAAGAAAAAAAGGAAGGCAUAUUGCAGUUCAGCAGCAGGAGGAAGAGGAGGAGGAUGUAGAUGCAGAGGCUAGUGAUAACGAGGACGAGUUUCGAGAUGACCCAGGUCUACCUAAAGACUACAAAGACCAUGAAAGGACUGUGCAUUCUCUGCGAUUCGAUCUGGUUUUGAAGGCCGGAUUGGACAUUGCACGACAUGGUGUGGAGGAUGCUUUUUAUAGCCUCAAACUGAGACUGAAUGGUCAGAGUCUCUCCAAGAAGAGUAAAAUGGUUAAAGUGGGUGAUACACUGGAUCUGAUCAUAAGUGAGGAUAAGGAAAUGGACACAGUAUUGAUGAAGAGAGUGAUCUUAAAAAAGGUGGUUGGAGAGACAAAAGAUGAGGAAAAGCUGCGAGUUAUUCUAAGAAGCUGGAAAAACCUACAACUUCCCAGAAAGGAUAUGUUUAAGCAGUGAAUACCAAUUCUGCGUGUUUUGAAAGGUGAAAUGUAAAAAAGUGGGACAAAAGUGGUAUUUUCGAUUCCACUCUCCAGCCGUUUGUUUCUGAAUCUGCAGACUGAUAAUUUAAUGAAGUUUUAUCCUCUGCCCAACAAAAACUGGGUGUUCUUUUCACAAUGAUGCACAUGACAAUAGUUCUCAUUACUCUUUCAUACAACUCAAAGACAUAUGUAUAAUCUUCAGUUUUAGGUCACAAAUAGAACUCACACAUUCUAUUGUUUAGUGGUGGUUGUGGUUGUGGUUAUACUCUAUGCAUUGUUUGUUUUUUACUAGAUUCACAGAAAUUCAGCUGCUGUGGUAGACUGUGAUAAUGGAUAAGGUCUAGGAUGUUGUGUGGUGAGAGACAGUUUGUGGAAUUAAAAAAAUGUGAGGUAAAAGCUCUAAUAAGGAUGAAGGUUUAGGUGGAGAGGCCAAACCAGGUUAGAGUCUUCUAGACUUCAAGAUGGUAAUCACUUUUCACUUCUGAACAUUUUGUGGAUUUCUGAUCCAUCAUUUAUGAUUGUUGACUUUGUUUAAUUUGCACUUACAGACCCAGAUUAAAGAAAUUGACAUUUUUAGACAGCUUUAAAUGCCUUCUUUCUUCUUUGUUAUGAUGGUCAAUGGUGGAAUAUGCAAAAUAUACAAAAUUAAAAGAGUCUUGUCAAAAGCAGACCCAGUCCUCUAUAGAGACUUUACUUA